GCCUCGUGGAAAGAGACCAUAACAACAAACAGUGCACAACACGCGCCUACAAAGAGACAGCCCCCUUUGGAACAUACAGUCACACUGCAUCAACACGAGAGAAAAGAAGAAGAGAGGACAGGAAAAUGUCAAGACAUCAUAUUUUCUGCUGAGAUCUUUACUUCGAAGACAAAGUUAAAGCCAAGGAAACUCUUUUUGAGAGAGAGAGGACCAGCAUGGACCGACCAGCUGUCGAGUUGUUCCAGUACAAAGACAAAGAACAGUCCUCCAACCUGCUUCUGCAGCUCAACAGCCUGAGGCAGGAGAACAUCCUGACUGAUGUGUUAUUGUGUUCAGAUAACACAGAGAUCCCAUGCCACCGCAAUGUCCUGGUGUCCAGCAGCCCCUAUUUCAGAGCCAUGUUCUGCAGCAACUUCAAAGAAAAGCAGCAGGCCAAGGUAUUCUUAAAGGGCAUCACACCUGCCAUUCUGACCAGUAUCAUUGACUAUGUUUACACUGGGCUCAUUAGUAUCAGUAUGGAUAUUGUGCUGCCUCUCAUGCAGGCAGCUUCCAUGUUGCAAUAUGGCCGCCUUUUUGAGGCCUGUUCAUGUUUCCUUCAGAAGCAGCUGAACCCAGACAACUGUUUGAGCAUGAUCAGACUGUCGGAAAUCAUGAAUUGUAAAAGUCUGAAGGACAAAGCAAAGGAGAUGGCCAUGAGGAAAUUCUCAGAUGUGUCAGUCUCUGAGGAUCUGUGUGAGCUCUCCUUGCCGGAGCUCAUGGGAUACCUGGAGGAUGAUAGUCUUUGUGCAGAAGAGGAGCAGGUCUUUGAGACACUUGUAGCUUGGAUCCACCACGAUCCUUUAUCCAGACGAGGCGCCAUCAGUGACCUUUUCAAGAAAGUUCGUCUUCGUUACAUCCACCCUACCUACCUCUUCCAAUUCAUUGCCAACGACCCUCUGAUCCAGUCGUCCACACUUUGUACUGAGCUCAUUGAGUCUGUGAGGAGACUCAUGUUUUCUGUCAGCACGAAAAUCAUUGGUGACACAGCCGCUGGCUUUAAAAACCUCUGGGUAAGACAGCGGCGCUACACCUGCUGUGACAGGCUGGUGGUGGUCGGAGGGAGGAAGAACAAUGAGCAGACCUCAAGAGAGGCUUUAGUCUUUGAGGAGAAGACUCAGAAGUGGCAGGCCCUCGCCAAGCUGCCCAUCCGCCUUUACAAAGCCUCCUAUGUUGCUCUUCACAGUGUGCUUUAUGUCAUCGGAGGCUUGACCACAAGCACCAAGUACAGCCAGGUCAACACCACAGUCUACACCCUCUCUCUCAAGACCAACCAGUGGCGGAUGGCGGAGCCCAUGUUGGAGCCACGUUUUGCCCACCAGAGUAUUUCCUACUUGCACUUUAUCUUUGUCCUGGGGGGACUUGGAUCUGACAGACGGGUGACAGGCACCGUAGAGAGAUACAACAGUAUGUUCAACCAGUGGGAGUCAAUGGCGCCCAUGCCUGAGGCUGUGCUGCACCCUGCGGUGGCGGCUACAAACCAGAGGAUCUACGUGUUUGGAGGAGAAGACGCCAUGCAGAACCCAGUCCGGCUCAUACAGGUAUAUCACAUCACCAGGAACAUGUGGUUGAAGAUGGAGAACAGGACGGUGAAGAACGUCUCUGCUCCCGCUGCUGUUAUGGAUGAUAAAAUAUACAUCAUUGGAGGAUACACGAGGAGAAUGAUGGCAUACGACACCAAGACCAACAGGUUCAUCAAGUGUGCCAACCUGAAGGAGAGGAGGAUGCAUCAUUCUGCCACCGUUCUCAAUAACAGGCUCUACAUCACAGGGGGUCGCUACGUCAACGGCCACGACGUCAUCCAGGACUCGGAUAAUUUUGAAGUGUAUGACCCAAAGACAGACACUUGGACGUCUAAAGGGACUCUGCCGUAUAAACUGUUUGACCAUGGUUCCCUAACGUUGACAUGUGUCUCAGAGAAAUGGGCCAAAUAAUAACUGUUUUACUACACAUUAUUACCCCGCCCCCCCCAAAGGGUGGCAAAGGGAGUUGUUUUUGGUUCAGUUUGUUUGCUUGUUAACACUCUAGC